UUAAUAAUUAUGAAAUCAAAUGUUAAAUUAGAUUUUGGUUGAUGUAGUACUUUAUAUUUGGAAGACAUUAAAAUUUAUGUUACACUAUAAUUAUGUUUUAGAGUAUUUAUUUAUAAUUUAUUUAUUAUUUUAUUAUAAAACGGUUUUUUCGGUUAGACCACGGUUGAACCGGUUAGACCAGUAAACCAGUGAACCAGUGACUAGAACGGUUCGAUGACCGGUCUGGUUUUCAGAACCUUGCUGAGGACCCAUCCCAACCCUAACCCCCUUUCUCACCCGCCGCCUUCUCCAUUGCCGAACCACAUCCACCGCUGUCUCCCCGCCGCCGUCGCAUCUGCUCCAGUCGCUGUCUCUACUGCUCAAGCUCGUCGCAACGCUUCUCGCGUUGCCGCUCGUCUCCUCUGUCUCGGCUCUCGUCUUCUCCUUGACGUCGCUAGAAGUCGUGCUCGGAGCUAUUGGCGUCGCAGUCUCCAUCGUUGUCGUCGGCGGCCCUGAAAUCGUCGUCUCUGUCCUCUCGUCAAGCCUCUGUCUUCGAGCCCCUUUUCUCUCUGUCCGAGGUCACAUCCUUCCUCCCUCGCCGUCACUUCCCUUCCUCCCUCGAUGCCGUUACUCUACCAGUUCAUUGAUUGGUCCGGUUCUCGCAACUUUGAUGAAAACGAUAUGACAGAGAGAGAAAGAGAGAGAGAGAAAGAGAGAGGAGAAUGGCAAGAAUAAGCAAAGAGGCGAUGGGUCCAGUGGGGAAGAGGCUCUCGGCGGUUUUGGUUUGUUCUCUCUCGAAGCAUCCCUUGAGGUACUACCAGGAAACCAAUUCCCUAAUCAGUAAUGCCAUUCCCGUUUCCUUUCCUAUAAAAAACGGGAUCCCUUGCUUGGUUCCACAAGAUGGGAAGAUACUCGAGGAAGAAGAUGGCAAGGACACAACCACAACCACUCUCUCCCCCUUCAAUGCCUUCCACGCGAUCCUCCAGAGUGCGUGCCACACCACCCGCCACCUCCUCCAAAUUCAGGCACUCCUUACCACCACCGCCCUACUCCGCAACCCUCACAUUGCACGCACCCUUCUGAGUCGCGCCUCACACCUAUGUGACGUCGCUUACACCCUUUUAAUCUUCCAUCACUUCAACAACACCUUAGACACGUUUUGCGUCAACACAAUGAUCCAGGCUUAUUCUAACAGCCACGUUCCUCAUCAAGCUCUUGCUUUUCUCUUUAAUUCUUUGCAAAGUGGUUUCUUUCCCAACAGCUACACCUUUGUGCCCCUCAUUGGUUCCUGUGCCAAGAUGGGUUGCCUUCAAUCUGGGAGGAAGUGCCACGGUCAAGCCCUGAAGAAUGGGGUUGAUGGGGUGCUACCGGUUCAGAACUCUUUGAUUCACAUGUAUGGGUGCUGCGGUGAUGUUGGAGUUGCUAGGGUAGUGUUUGACACAAUGUUGAGCAGGGAUUUGGUUUCGUGGAACUCGAUCAUUGAUGGAUAUGUAACGGUUGGUGAAUUGAAUGCUGCAUAUGCACUCUUUGAUGAAAUGCCCGAGAGGAAUUUGAUUACUUGGAAUGUUAUGAUUGCUGGCCAUUUGAAGGCUAGGAACCCUGGCUUUGCCUUGAAGUUGUUCCGGGAGAUGGGUAGGUUGGGAUUGAAGGGUAAUGCUAGGACUAUGGUAUCUGUGAUUACGGCUUGUGGCCGGUCAGCUAGACUCAAGGAAGGAAGAUCAGUUCAUGCGAGCAUCAUUAGGACGUUAGCAAGGUUGAGCUUGAUUAUUGAUACGGCUUUGAUCGACAUGUACUGCAAAUGCAAGAGGGUGGAUGUAGCACAUGUAGUGUUUGAGAGGAUGGCAAACAGGAAUUUGGUUUCCUGGAAUGCGAUGAUCUUGGGGCACUGCAUUCGUGGAAAUCCCGAAGAUGGACUAAACCUAUUUGAUUUAAUGGUUGGUAUGGAGAAGAUGAAGCAUGAGGUUGAACUUGAUAAGAUUAUAAGUGCAGACAGAAGUCUAGCUAGGUUAUCCCCUGACGAAGUAACCUUCAUUGGCAUUUUGUGUGCCUGCGCUCGUGCAGAGAAGUUGACUGCGGGCAGGUUUUACUUCAAGCAAAUGACUGAUGUGUUCAAUGUGAAGCCCAAUUUUGCUCAUUUUUGGUGCAUGGCGAAUCUUCUGGCGAACGUAGGGCUAGUUGAUGAGGCAGAAGAAUUCCUGAGGAACAUCAUAAAAUUUGAUGGAGAUAUGUCAUAUGAGUCAUUACUAUGGGCAAAUUUGCUCGGUUUCUGCCAUUUCAAAAGAGAUGUGGACUUGGGUGAGCGAAUUGCAAAACUGAUGAUUGACCUGGAUCCGAAGAACCUUGCCUGUUACCAGUUCCUCCUUGUCAUUUAUGUUGUGGCUGAUCAACGGGAAAAUGUUUCCAUGGUGAAAAAGCUGGCGAAGGAUAGGCUAGGGGUAAUACCUGGAAGCACUCUUGUAGACUUGAAAAAUAUUGUUCACAAUUUCAAGGUGUCAAAUAGAUGGAGAGAAGGAUUCGAAGCAGUCAAUAAGAUGAUGGAUGAACUAGCUCAUAGAUUAGGGUUGGAAAUUUGAGUCAGGCCAGCCACUAGUAGACCAAGAGAAAAUAUUAGCUAGGAUGAAGAUGAGUGAUAAAGCAAACCGUUUGAACAAGUAGCGGUCUAUUUCACUUUUUUUUUCUUUCUUUUAGCUCCCUUGAUUUUUUUUUUGAAAUUUUGCCUAGGUGAUAGUUUCUCUUGUUUUGGUUCUUCCCGAGUGCACUACAGUAUACCCCUCCCAGCAGUGCAUUUCUCUUUAGGCAUUAACUUGAGUACUAAUAGAUAAUUCCAGUUUUGGAUUGAGUUACUAUAUGUAUAACUCGAGCUUGUAAUCUGGUCAA